UUUCGAUAGAGGUGAUUGGGCGGUAGUAGAGUUGAGCUGUACCGAUACCAAGACCAAGAUGGGGGGGGGGCAAGAGUAUCUCCAGAGCCACUGCUGGCAUUUGCGGUUUGACGAGAACGACCAGAUUUUCCAUGUCAGAUGCUAUCUAUACUCGUAUACGGCGGAGAAGGUUCUUGGGGAGGAAAAGGCGUUACAGGAGAAUAUGUUGUUGGUCCAGGGUGAUAUCUCCCCCGAGCCCGAGUACCCAGAUAUCCCCUUCAACCACAACCACAAAGCCUUCCUCCGAGAAUUUUACCACAUCACCGACGACCCACACGAUUUUGACGGCUAUGUGGACUCCUUCACCCCCGACGCGACCGUAAUCCUGGGCACCCGGAAAUUCCAGGGACGAGAAGAGAUCCGGCAGUUACUAGUCUGCAUGUGGGAUGCGAUUGAGAAGCGAACCCAUAGGCCGCUGCAAGUAUUUCCAUUUGGACGGGGUUUAGAUGUGGUCAUGAUCCACAGAACGGUGGAGUAUGUCUUCAAAGAUGGAGGACAGAAAACGGUGGAUUGGGCCGCGAGGUGUCAGUUGGCUGAGUUGCGGGGGAGUAGGAUUCGGUCUUACCAGGUUUAUCUGUCGGAUUCUGCGGCCUGGUGA